AUGGCGUGUGUUUUCCUCGCUUUGUUUUUGCAGGCACACAAUGGGGAUCUUACAGUUAGACCCACAUGCAAGCCUGGCUUUUCAGAAGACGACUACACAGCAUUCGUCUCCCAAACCAUCAUGGAAGGGCAGAAGUUACUCAAAGUAAAAUUUAAUAACUGUGCCGGUAACAAGGGAGUUCGGUAUGAAACCAACAGCCUGGACUUCAAGGUGAGAGCGGAUGGGACCAUGUACGCUGCCCACCAGCUGCAAAUGCCCUCCAAGCAGCUGAUCCUGAUGGUGACCGCCUGGGAUCCCCAGACCCUGGGCAGGUGGGAGGCGAUCGUCAGGUUCCUGGUGGCAGAGAAGUCGCCACACAACGGACACAAGCCAAAAGGAAGGAAGAUCGUGCCUGGAGAACUGGCGCAGCAGCAAAGCGACACUCUGCUCCCGUGGCGCCAGCAUCAGAGCGCUAACGGCCUGCGGCGGCAAAAGCGAGACUGGGUCAUCCCACCGAUCAAUGUGCCAGAAAACUCCAGAGGACCCUUUCCACAGCAGCUGGUUCGGAUUCGUUCCGAUAAGGACAAAGAGAUCCAUAUCAGAUACAGCAUCACUGGAGUUGGAGCCGACCAGCCACCGAUGGAAGUCUUCAGCAUUGACCCUGUGUCUGGCAGGAUGUAUGUGACUCGCCCGAUGGACAGAGAAGAAAGAGCUUCCUACCACCUCCGGGCUCAUGCGGUGGAUAUGAAUGGAAACAAGGUGGAGAAUCCUAUUGACCUUUACAUCUAUGUGAUUGAUAUGAAUGACAACAGACCGGAGUUUAUAAACCAAGUCUAUAAUGGAUCUGUUGAUGAAGGCUCUAAACCAGGUACCUACGUGAUGACAGUGACGGCAAAUGAUGCAGAUGAUAGUACUACAGCGAACGGGAUGGUGAGAUACCGAAUCGUGACUCAGACCCCACAGAGCCCAUCGCAAAAUAUGUUUACUAUUAACAGCGAGACAGGAGACAUUGUCACUGUGGCUGCUGGACUUGACAGAGAGAAAGUUCAGCAAUACAUAGUCAUUGUUCAAGCCACAGAUAUGGAAGGAAAUCUUAACUACGGUCUCUCAAACACAGCAACAGCGAUCAUUACGGUGACAGAUGUGAAUGACAACCCCCCCGAAUUCACUACCAGCACUUAUUCAGGAGAAGUUCCUGAGAACAGAGUGGAGGUUGUGGUGGCAAAUCUGACGGUGAUGGACCGGGACCAGCCUCACUCCCCCAACUGGAAUGCUAUCUACCGCAUUAUCAGCGGCGACCCCUCUGGCCAUUUCACCAUCCGGACAGACCCCGUCACCAACGAAGGCAUGGUAACCGUCGUGAAGGCAGUCGACUACGAGAUGAACAGAGCUUUCAUGCUGACAGUGAUGGUAUCAAACCAAGCUCCCUUGGCCAGUGGCAUCCAGAUGUCCUUCCAGUCAACAGCAGGAGUCACCAUUUCGGUCACAGAUGUCAACGAAGCACCGUAUUUCCCAACAAACCACAAGUUGAUCAGGCUGGAGGAAGGGGUGCCUACGGGGACAGUCCUGACGACGUUUUCAGCGGUGGAUCCUGAUCGCUUCAUGCAGCAGGCAGUAAGAUACUCUAAGCUGUCAGAUCCUGCAAACUGGCUGAACAUUAAUGCCACAAAUGGUCAGAUCACUACUGCUGCUGUCCUUGAUCGAGAGUCAGACUACAUUAAGAAUAAUGUCUACGAGGCCACAUUCUUGGCGGCUGACAACGGUAUACCCCCCGCAAGUGGCACUGGCACGCUGCAGAUCUACCUAAUCGACAUCAACGAUAACGCUCCUGAGCUCCUGCCAAAGGAGGCACAGAUCUGUGAAAAGCCAAACCUGAAUGUCAUCAACAUAACAGCCGCGGAUGCUGACAUCGAUCCAAACGUUGGGCCCUUUGUCUUUGAGCUGCCAAGUGUGCCAUCUGCGGUGAGGAAGAACUGGACCAUAACACGGCUGAAUGGUGAUUACGCCCAGCUUAGUUUACGAAUCAUGUACCUGGAAGCGGGUGUGUACGACGUGCCGAUAAUCGUGACGGACUCAGGAAACCCCCCCUUGUACAACACGUGCGUCAUCAAAGUGAAGGUGUGCCCGUGUGAUGAGAACGGCGACUGCACCACCAUCGGGGCGGUGGCUGCAGCGGGGCUGGGCACGGGUGCCAUCAUUGCCAUCUUGAUCUGCAUCAUUAUUUUACUAACCAUGGUCCUGCUGUUCGUGGUGUGGAUGAAACGCCGGGAGAAGGAGCGCCAUACCAAGCAGCUCCUGAUCGACCCCGAGGACGACGUCAGGGACAAUAUUCUGAAGUACGACGAAGAGGGAGGUGGAGAAGAAGACCAGGAUUACGAUUUAAGCCAGCUCCAGCAGCCAGAGACCAUGGAUCACGUGCUGAACAAGGAAAGCCCUAUUGGUGCUGACCCGCAGUAUCCUAUAAGACCAGUAAUCCCGCAUCCAGGGGAUAUUGGUGACUUUAUUAAUGAGGGCCUGCGUGCGGCAGACAACGACCCCACGGCCCCCCCCUACGAUUCCCUGCUGGUCUUCGACUACGAAGGCAGCGGCUCCACCGCUGGCUCCGUCAGCUCCCUCAACUCCUCCAGCUCCGGGGACCAGGACUACGACUACCUUAAUGACUGGGGGCCCAGGUUCAAGAAACUGGCGGACAUGUACGGGGGAGGUGAAGAAGAUUAA